CUUUCUUUCUGCCUUGUUUUUUAAGCAUGAAUUGAACAUUCUUAUCCCAAAAAUCUCUGUUCUUCAUCGCGAAUCUUACUGUGUUUUGCUUCGGUAAUUGGUCAUUCCCUCUCGUAUUAUUGUCGGUUUGGCUUCCCCUUUCUCAGGCCACUGGGGUACACUCGUUGAGCUUUUCUGUCUCACUGCUACUAAACAAUGGGGAAGAAUAAGGAGGUAAUUCGGCUGGAGCGUGAAUCUGUCAUUCCGGUGAUGAAGCCGAAGUUGAUAAUGACUUUGGCUAAUCUAAUUGAACAUAAUUCCGACCGGGCGGAAUUCUUAAAACUCUGCAAGAGAAUCGAGUACACAAUUCGAGCUUGGUACCUUCUACAAUUUGAGGAUUUGAUGCAACUCUACUCUCUCUUUGAUCCUGUUCAUGGAGCCCAGAAGCUGGAGCAGCAGCGUCUAUCCUCUGAUGAAAUCGAAGUGCUCGAACAAAAUUUUCUUUCUUACUUGUUUCAGGUUAUGGAAAAGAGCAAUUUCAAAAUAACAAGUGAAGAGGAGAUUGAAAUUGCACUUUCAGGGCAGUAUCUCCUAAAUCUUCCUAUUACGGUUGAUGAGUCCAAGCUCGACAAGGUUCUAUUAAAGAAAUAUUUCGCUACACAUCCUCAAGCCAACCUACCAGACUUUGUUGACAAGUAUGUUAUCUUUAGGCGAGGAAUUGGAAUUGAUCGAACUACUGAUUUCUUUUUCAUGGAGAAAGUGGAUGUACUUAUUGGAAGAUUUUGGGCAUAUCUCUUAAGGUUAACGAGGUUAGAAAAGAUUUUUUCCAGACGGCCAAGUAGACGGCCUAUGGAAGAUAGAAUGAAGAAUGAUGAGAUUUCCCCUGAUGCUGAUCAGGAUGACCUUAGUGUUGAACGAGUUCGUCUGGAGAAUAUGGAACUGAGUGCUCGCAAUUUGCUGGGCAAGGUUACUAUUCAAGAACCUACCUUUGAUAGGAUUAUUGUAGUUUACAGGCGAGCAAGUUCAAAGUCUAACUCUGAACGUGGAAUAUAUGUCAAGCAUUUUAAGAACAUUCCAAUGGCUGAUUUGGAAAUAGUACUUCCUGAAAAGAAAAAUCCAGGACUAACUCCAAUGGACUGGGUCAAAUUCCUUGUAUCUGCUAUCGUUGGGCUGGUUGCUGUUGUGGGCUCAAUUGAAAUGCCCAAGGCUGAUUUUUGGGUCAUUUUUGCUGUUCUCUCGACCGUUAUUGGUUACUGUGCAAAGACAUAUUUCACGUUUCAGCAAAACAUGGCUACGUAUCAGAACUUAAUUACACAAUCAAUGUAUGACAAACAGCUGGAUAGUGGAAGGGGCACGCUUCUUCAUUUGUGUGAUGAUGUAAUCCAACAGGAAGUCAAAGAGGUGAUCAUUUCCUUCUUCAUUCUGAUGGAACAAGGCAAAGCUACUUUAGAAGAUCUCGAUCUACGGUGCGAGGAGCUGAUCAAAGAAGAGUUUGGUGAGAACUGCAACUUUGAAGUGGACGACGCAGUUCAUAAGCUGGAGAAAUUGGGAAUCGUUUCUCGGGAUUCUGUUGGACGUUAUUACUGUGUCGGAUUAAAACGCGCCAACGAGAUCGUAGGAACGACCACAGAGGAGCUUGUCUUUAAAGCAAGGCAGGGUGUGAAUCCUUGAGAAAUGAAAAGGUCAAGCCUCUUCCUGCCUUUUUUCAGAACGGAUCUUAAGCUCUAAAGCAUGCAUGCAACAUUAAAUACAAAUGUAAAUAGUGUUGGCGGGGCAAAUGAAGAGAAAGUGAUGCUCUAAAAAGUUUUCCACUUCAACAAUUUAGUGAUGCAAGCUUAGUAAUAGUUUGCUUCAUUUCUUUACAAUGCUACUCUUUUUUUAUGUGUUUUCAAGCUUUAUUCAGGUCGGGAAUGUAGUUUACGUUGCAGGUAGAUGAUAUCGACAAUAUACUUGCAAAUUUGCUUUUGUAUCAAUUGUUUUAUUCUGGAAAUCACACCGAAGAUAUUGUACUAAGAUGGUUAUUCUCACGAUUGUUGUAUGGUUGAAAUGUGUGCUUUAAAUUUUCA